GUUACAACAAAGGUAAUCAACUUGAUGCCUAACAUUUAAACAAAAAUGGAGUGAGAGCUCUUGACAUAACAUAACACUUCUUUUUUAAUUAAAAAAAAAAUCUGUCUGUAUUGUUCAGUAUUUUAUUAAAUGUUACAGGUACCAGGUGUCUUGAUACUCUAUUUUACACAUUGUUUUGAAGGUUUAAUAAUCAGUGAAAAAAUUAAAAUCAGUUUCACCCUCUUAAGUGAACAAAAAAAAAAAAGAUCACCAAUGUUCUUCUUAUGACUCAAGAAUGUAUUUAUUUUUUUAAUAGAAAAACAACUUCUGUGUUCUACAUGGACAUGUCCGAUAUUUGUGUUGGGCUCCUCGGCUAAAAAGUUUUAGUACAUCCUAUAGAAACUUCAUACAAAAUUUGGCGCUUGUAUCAGUAAGUGACCAAUCUUUUCGGCAAGUUAAGGUUUCGUAACAAACCCCUCGUACCCUGUUGGACUCAAACAAACAACUCUUGCUUAACUGUCCCAGUUUCCCGACACCGAGUUCUCAGGGUUCACAGUCUGAAUACAGACGCCCCCCCACCCUCUUGUUUUUGAUGGUUUUGUUGGCUAGUAUUCAUCCCAAAUGAAUUUCCAAUCCAUGAUCAAAGUUGUCUUAUUCGUGACGAGGUUAAAAUUGAGCAAGAAGAACCUUUUAAAUGUCAAGAUCACCACCUGAGGAAUGUUUCAGAUAUUUCCAACAGUUAGAUUUAUGAAGAUACUUCAGACUUCAGGUCAAACUCCACUCUGAGUUUCUUUGUUAUAAAUGUAAUCUAGAAAAACAAAACCAGAAUCUGCUUCUUCUGUUCCUGCAUGAACUCUAGACUCGUCCUACACACAGCGGUGACUCAGUCUGGGCAAACUGUCCCCGCACAGAUCGACCAAUUCCAGCAGAUCAAUAAAAGUGUGUGUGGGUGUGUGUGUGUGUGUGUGUGUGAGGGGGGAUUGUCCCACUCGCUCAGGGGUAGAAGAUAAAAACCCGUCCGGUCAGGUUUCAGGGACAGAAGAGUAGGGGAGGCACACUGAAGACAGCCGAGGGACUGACACGAUUCGAAGACGUUAAACUUCCCCCGACAGUAGACGAUGAAGACGCUGCUGUUGUUGUACCUGUGCCUGUACGUGGCGUGGGCUCAGGAUGCGCUGGACUACGACGACUAUGACACAGUGAGUACUCAAUAUGUGCAGUAGAAGUAAUAAUGAUGAUCCGCACCAUCCCAACACCAACAACCAGCGAUACUGAAAUACCAACGUGUCACUUUGACUCAAACUCACAACGGUCUCCUUUGAUUUUACAGGACACUGCAUCAGGAAAAUCAAACGUACGUUGUGUUUCUACUCUUUCAUCUAUGACGCAUUUAUCUGACAAACGUCGAUAUUUAGUUACUGAAUUUAUUGAUCAAGUUUUGUUUUUUCUGCAGGCGACUGUAGACGCUCGUGGUCAUCGUCCAAAAGAGAGGGGCAGAGACUCUUACAACGCUCCCCGCUAUAAUCCUCCUCCAAUCAGCGGCGGCAACAGGUACACACUAAACUUAAUGGUGUAAGGCAACAGGAAGACGUUAUUCUUGGAUUGGGUGUCCUUCUUUGAUAAAUUACCUUUCUGACAUGUUUGGUGAAGGCGUGACCAAUCUGACGGAAUCUGUCAAACUGACGGAGAGGUCGCGCCUUCGGAAACAUCGUCUGUUUUAAGACACGUCACACAACCAUCUCGUGACACUCUGAGGAAGACUGCUGCCAGCAUGUCGAAACGUGUCAGCAAGGUAAUUAAUAAAAAUUUAACAUUUUCAAAUCUCAACACAGUUAAAUUUUUAAUCACUUUUAUCGGGUAGUUGUUGAGAUUUUUCAGUCAAAACCAAAAUGGCCACUGAUGUUAUCCAUACUGCUAAAAACAAAUAAUGUACUGUCCUUUUCCAUGAGUAAAGACAACAAAUCGACAGAUAAGUUCAGUCAUCCAGAUCUUGCUGUAGUGAUCAAAACCAUUCGCUAACAGAAGGGACAAAAGUUGAGAGGCAUUGACCAACGAAGAAACAUAACAUUACACGAAAACAUUACACAGCUACAGAACAUGAUAAAUAAAUGUUUUACCUUUAUGUAGUUACAGUAGCAGGUAAUUUGAUUUUCUCUUCCACUCUGUCAAUCAUAUCAUCCAAGUCCCACCGGGUUCUUCGCCCAGCGUAAGGCUUUUUCCCACUUUCAGCCGAUAAAGCCACACGCUUCUUCUUUUCCUUUAUUCUACUCUCCAUUUUCUCACUCCUCGAUCCAUUUUGUUUCCUUCCGUGUUGUUGACCUGCUCGCGCUACCCAUCAUUCCAUUGACAGUUGACCUAUCAUCUUACCAGGUCAACGUUUGCGAGAAAUUCCACUGACGACCAAAAAACAUCCAAAAAACUUUAUUGGUAUGCGGCCGACACAGCCGUUCCACUUUAUUUAGAUAUUUAAAUCCGGGGAUUUUACGGCCCCAGGGCCACAUCCGGCCCUUUGGAUGUCCCUGCCCGGCCCUUCGUGAGGUCCGUCAAUCAAAUCACCAACAUGCUAUACAAGCGUGUUGUUUUAUUUCCAUUUGAACGCCAGUGCGUACAUCCUAGAUCUGCAUCCGUGAACAGAUAAAAGUUUAAACAACGGCAAAAUAUACGUAGAUGCCUUAUAGUUGCUCAGUCAGCUUAUUAUAAACAACUUAACACUUGUUUUUCUCAGAAGUCGCUUGUAAAAAUCAUGGGUCGCGGUUGCGCUUUUUUAAGCUUGUUUUUAACCAGUAGUUGCUUAUUUGGGAUUGCUUUUCUGUAUGUGUGAACCCCCCUGAUUGGAAGUUGAAGUUGAAGUUAUUGUUGGUUCGGCCCUCCAACACAGUUCAGGUGUCUCAUGUGGCCCCAUGUAAAAAUUAAUUGCCCACCCCUGAUAUAGCCCGUUUCUUCAUCUAGUUAUUUGCGGAGCGGCCGCCUAUUGAUGCAGCCGCUUGAUGAGUGGCAUUUGCCCACAUUCCCCAAUGGCCACUCCGUCCCUGCUGAGAGGCCAUGACACCAGGUAGGAUAAGAGGAACAUGCCUGUGACCAACUUCUCGUUACUCAUCCAGAUAUCGAGGUCGUCCCACCACAACUACAGCCACGAGACCACAAGUGCAGGAGAAGAAGCAGGUGCCUGAUGCCGGCGGAUGUCAGCACGCCUCAGAGGAAAUGGUAAGAUGAUACCAAGACGUGGUUACCGAGGGAUGCUGUGAUUUUACAGCAUUAGGUAGCAUCCUGAAAAACUUUCAAAAGAACUUGAAAAUACAAAUAUGAUAAAUGAUCGUCAUCAGAGUUUUUAAUUCAGUGAUUUCUUUCCUGUCAGGGUGUUUUGUGUCCAAACGGCUGUGAGCUGAAGACAAUGAUGCAGAAACAAGAGAAGAACGUCAAAUCGGUAAAUCAAAACUGACGUUGGGAACCUUCUGGAAGGACGAGUGGUUUUUUUUUUAACAAAGUUCACUCAAUUCAUGCGUUCAUUACAGAGCAUCAGUGAGCUCAAGCCUCAGGUGGACGAACUGUCCCACUCCUCAAACAACGUCUUCAACUUUGUCAACAGCAUUUCCAUCUCAUUGAGGGAAAGGCAGAAGGUCAUCGGGGGUAAGGGCGGCCAUGUUGAUCCAUGACAAGUACUGAUCGAGGUCUUACCUUGUGUACCUGACUCCCCUCUUAUCUACCUCUUCCCUCCAUCAGAGAACAACAGAGUGGUCGGUCAGUACACCGAUAAUGUGGAGGAACAGCAUGCCUACAUCAAGGAGAUCGUGGACACCACCUUCCCUUCCAACAUCAGGGUGCUUCAGGUGAAAUCAGACAAACCAUUUCUUAUUGGUUCUUUCUGCUCGUAAACCGCAGAGAAUAUCAAUAUUUAUCAAUAUUUGCGUCUCCGCUGAAGGGGGUCCUGGACAAGAUCAGGCAAAAGAUCCUGAAGCUGGAGAAGGCCAUCCAGACCCAGAGGGAGCAUUGCAAGAAUCCAUGCAUGACCAAAUGUCCCAUCCCCGUGGUGUCAGGUAGAUGCCAAACCCCCACGGCUUCAUACUUUAACGUACAACACUGUCUGAAGGUGUUGGAGGACAGGCCGAUGUUCUCUGACCCUCAACAGGUUUCCUGAUCUGUGUGUUUACCGUGUGAUUCAGGUAAGGAGUGUGAGGAUAUCUACCGUCGCGGAGGAAGAGACUCCCAGAUGUACCUGAUCCAGCCUGACGCCUUCUACCCUGCGUACAGGGUGUACUGUGAUCAGGGCACCCAGAAUGGAGGUGAGGAUGUCUCUCAUGUUGAAGGAUCUACACCGCUAUCGAGGUUGUUUUCCGUUUUAAAGACGCCUUGAUGUCAUUUCUGUCCAGGCUGGCUUCUCAUCCAGAACAGGCAGGACGGCAGUGUUGACUUUGGCCGUCGCUGGGAUGAGUAUCGCCGUGGUUUCGGCAACAUCGCCUGGGACAACAGGAAAGGUUUUUGUGACACUCCCGGUAAGACUUUCAAAAGACCCGUUAAAGAGAUCUCCUCUUCAGCAUAAUGAGUCCGAACCAUGACCAGCAUGCUCUUCCUCUCAGGGGAAUACUGGCUGGGUAAUGACCACAUUAGUAAGGUGACAGGUUUGGGCCCAACUGAGGUUCUCAUCGAGAUGCGGGACUGGUCCGGAGCCCAGGUAAGUUCUUUUUGAGCCCCAAAUCUUCAACCUGAUCAGGAGCUACCGUCAAAGUUUUAUAAAGUCUGUUUGCCUCAGUGUCCAAAACGGAAUUUGCUUUGUCAUCAUUUAGGUCCAUGCCAAGUAUCAACAGUUCACCGUCCAAUCAGAGACCUCCAACUAUGUGCUGGCAGUGGACGGUUACUCUGGUAACGCUGGUAACUCUUUCCUGGACGGAUCGAUGGAGCUCUUUGGGGAAAACCGCACCAUGACUAUUCACAACGGCAUGAUGUUCAGUACCUACGACAGAGACAACGAUAACUGGUGAGUGUCGCAUUUGUUCGGGAGUUCACGACAUCAUCACGAAAUCCAAGCAUGUUGUUUUUCAGGUGACUAACAUGUCCUUCAAACUAACUGACAAACUCUGUCCCCCGUAAAAGGAUCCCCGGUGAUCCGUCCAAACAGUGCGCCAGAGAGGAUGGAGGCGGCUGGUGGUACAACCGCUGUCACUCAGCCAAUCCCAACGGCCGAUACUACAUGGGCGGAGCCUACACACGUAACAUGGCCAAGCACGGCACAGAUGAUGGUGUGGUUUGGAUGAACUGGAAGGGGAGCUGGUAUUCACUGAAGGCCAUCAGCAUGAAGAUCCGGCCUUUCUACGCCUCCCGAUAGUCAGAGUCGACACACACACACGCACGCACAUAUAACACAAACAGGAACCUGCCAAAAUAAAAGACCCCCGAAGAAAAGUGUCCUGGACUCAUAUUAACAUACAACUGUCAAAAUAAAAGGACUAAGAAUAAAAACGUGAUUUAAAGAGAGAAACAUUCAAACUGUAAAAGUCGAGAGAGAAUGAGAAAGUGAGUCUGUAAAAGUGCUGUUGUCUUCCUGUUCCUGUUAUAUGUGACGUCUUCAGUGUGCAAUACUAGGACGAGUUGAUCACAACUCUCCUCUGCUACUCAAUAAACACAUUGAGGAACAUACUUCCUGUCUAUCCUGGUUGUUUUUUCAUUGCAACUUCUUCAACACGAUCAGACAGCAUGUGCUUUUAUUGUUAUCACCGAGAGGUCGGUUAUUAUGUUAGCAUAUGAGACGUGCCUGUCCCUUUAAGAGCAUGAAACUGACGAUCAAACAAGUACCAUGGUUAUGAAAUAAAAGGUCAUCCCAGUUUUAUCUUGAAAGCUUUACGAGACAGAGGAACAGGAAGUCUGUAACACAAAGAGGAAGAUGUCUGAGGUCUUACUCCCAAUUUCCACCGCAUCCGAUCGUAGCUGAUCGUAACCAUUCAAGUUAACGUGUCAAUUUCCACCGACUUCUUUCCAUUCCUCUGCGAAUCGCCGGACUCCUCAGCUGAUCUCAAGAGUUCUACUUUUUCUGGAUGCCUGGAAAGGAAGUCGGGCACAGACACAAAAUAAAACAUCCGGCUUCUUUUCAAAAUAAAACACUCUGUGUUUCAGGAGGAUCGUAUUUCACACCAUGCAAACGGGCGGAGACGAACAAGUGAAAGGUUGUCAUUUCACCCCGAUGACACCAUGGAUGAGGAGAUGCUGAUUCUAGAAGUAGAUUUCCUCCUCUGGAAGGACACAAUCUACUGCUUAUACGGUUGGCCUCUGUGGCUAAAGACGACUAGUUAUUGCACGAUGUGAAUUCCGUAAUACGCCACGAAAUUCGGAUGUGGUGGAAAUCCCGGGUUAUAAUCCACAGUUUUAUCUGAGUUUGUGAUGUACUCUGUUUUUCUUGGUUUAUCCUGUUUUCUUGAUGGUUUCUGAGUUUUCAACCUUAAGAAAACUUGGACGUCUAAAAACACUUCAGAUAUUUUAAUUUGAAAGACAUGAAACAGUCUAAAAAGCAUUGAACCAGGACAUUUCUUUGAUUUCUUUGCACAAACUUUAUAUCCAUAAAACUUGAAUAUACCCGAGUUCAAUUCAUGUCUGUAGGUACAAAUUAAAUCCAAUGGGGUUUCCUUGCACAGCUUUAACUUCAGUUUGUGACGCUCGUGAAAUUGUAAGGAUGCCUCGCCCGUGUUCACACUUGAAAGAAUAGAAGGUCCACACCAAUGAUCAUUUUGACAAACUUUACUGGUUGCAGAUCUUUUUACAGCUUCAUCAUGCUACACAUGUAACAAAGACUGGUCUGAGACUGUUCAAGUAUGUUUAGUCGUCCACGUUUCCAAACAUUCUGCUCCCAUCCUGUUGACCUGAAGGAGAGCCUGAGUGAUGUUGAACACGGGGACAAGGUUCUUGUUGAGGAUAGUUGUCGGAGGCUCAUGGCUCCAGAAAUCUAGCACCAAAGUAUCUGAGGUAUUUGAGUGACACAGGUCGUCCACCCUGAAGAAAAUCACUUCAACAAGUACAUGAGUAUAAAUACAGCUGGUAUAAUGAAGCUUAUUCUAAGACCAACAUUUACAGGCCUGAGCUAACUCUGAGACCAGCGCUCCUUCUGUUCUGACGAUGUCUGCACCAUCAGAAGUUCUGGACUACUUCUCCUUCUUCAAUUCUUCCACUGAAGAACAUCGGACUUUCAGAAACCGGUCCCUAAGCUGUUUUAUUCAUUCCAGUUCUGAAGCGCCGUCAACAUCCACAGACUCCUCCAUCAGCUGCUCCAGAACGAUCUGGUUCUGUCCAAUAUCUUCAAACUCAGUGAGCAGUUCUCUUUGGACCGUCGGUAUGGUCUUGUACUCUGGAGAUGGUAUGUGGUCGAAGUCUACGGGCUGCAGCUUCAGAUGUAGGAAGUCUGUCGGAGGAAAAGCUGCACUCUUCUGUUGAGAAGCCCGCUCUGUUUGGUCCAAGUCUCUCUGAAGGGUUUCGUAGUCGUGAUGAUUGACGCUGAACGGUGUCGCCGAACUGCAGGACCCUUGGCAGGUCCGGAGCUUCAUGUCAAUGUCCACCUGGUGGGGUCAGCGGGACAAUAUUAGAUCAUCAUAACCAAGAUGAAAACGAAGUCUGCAACAGUUGAAGAUUUGACAACGACAGAAAACAUCUUGACAGGGAGAGUUUUAAAACCUGGAGACGUGUUGAAGUUUGAUGUCGGUACCUCCCUUAGAGGUGGUGUAGUCAGGAUCUGAAGGAGUUCCAGUUUUUAGGAGAAAUCUUGAAUGUAAACUCUACCCCUCCCAACCAGUCCAGCAAGCCCCGCCCACAAACAGAUGCUCCUGCUCGCUCGUAUCGUUCCAAUUAAAUUCAGAUAUAAUGCAGAUAAAUACUUCAAAUCAUUACAAAUGGGGCCCAGUCAAGGUGAAAGUCAAAAGCAUUGGUGCUACUGUAGAUGCCAACAGACUACCAGCAAACACAAUGUUUGCAGGACUUCUACAACGAGGAUAAAGUGACAUAGUCCAGGACCCGAGGGAGGACAGUUUAGCGAUGGCGCUACAACACGCUACAGCAGGUCCGUUUGACAAGAAACACUUCUGUUACAGACACUUGUCUUACUUUGUUAAAGCGGUUUACCUGUCCAGCAGAAAGGUUACAGGGUCACCAAGAUCCCCAAGCGUCCCCCAUGGUUUAUGUUGACCCGGCUUUUUAGCUCUUGUCCGGUCUACCUCCGUUUUAAGAGCCCGUUAUUCCUCCAGAGUCUCCGGUAUUUACUUUGUUUUCUUGCUUGUGUCGGCAGUCGUGGCCAAAGGAGGAUUCAGACAAUUUUCCGAACUUUUUUGGAACUGUUUUGGUGUUGACUGUUUUCUUGUUGACUGUUUAUGGUUGACUGUUUUCUUGUUGACCGGUUUGGUGUUGACUGUUUUCUUGCUAACUGUUUUCUUGUUGACUGUUUUUUUGCUGACUGUUUUCUUGUUGACUGUUUUCUUGUUGACCGGUUUGGUUUUGACUGUUUUCUUGCUGACUGUUUUCUUGUUGACUGUUUUCUUGCUUACUGUUUUCUUGUUGACUGUUUAUGGUUGACUGUUUUCUUGUUGACCAGUUUGGUGUUGACUGUUUUCUUGCUAACUGUUUUCUUGUUGACUGUUUUCUUGCUUACUGUUUUCUUGUUGACUGUUUAUGGUUGACUGUUUUCUUGUUGACCGGUUUGGUGUUGACUGUUUUCUUGCUAACUGUUUUCUUGUUGACUGUUUUUUUGCUGACUGUUUUCUUGUUGACCGGUUUGGUGUUGACUGUUUUCUGGCUGACUGUUUUCUUGUUGACUGUUUUUUUGCUGACUGUUUUCUUGUUGACUGUUUUCUUGUUGACUGUUUUCUUGUUGACUGUUUUCUUGCUGACUGUUUUCUUGUUGACUGUUUUCUUGUUGACUGUUUUUUUGCUGACUGUUUUCUUGUUGACUGUUUUCCUGUUGACUGUUUUCUUGCUGACUGUUUAUGUUUGAGUGUUUUCUUGCUUGUGUCGGCAGUCGUGGUCAAAGGAGGAUUCAGACAAUUUUCCGAACUUUCUGGUUGGUUUUUACUGUCCGAUAUUGUAGCACGCUAACUUUGUUUGGGCUCCUGAACGACACGGGGGAGCAGCGUCUGCCUCACAACCAAUCAGGUUAGAGGAGGUGGAGAACGGCUUUGUUUACAGUCAUAAGAGAACACAGAGAUAUCGUUAAUAUCAUCAAUAACUAAUAACUAUUGAUUGAUAUUAAAAGUUUUUUUUUAUCAACACCACAAAAAAGAUGCUUCUUUAACGGAAUCCCGCCUACCCCACCUUUAACAGGUGUGUCCUACGUUUCCUGGACCACAACAGAUGCUUCAUAUUCAUCCUUGGUGGCCCAACAUAUCCCAUGAUUCAUAGCAUGUCAACGCAAACUCUAAAGUGGAUGAGUCAUUUGCUUUUAAAAACAGAUAUCUGGGUUUUAACCGAGUCACCGAGACCAGGUCAAAAGACUCUGCCCUAGAAUUUGGUAAAUUGGGUAAAAUAGGUCUGCUGUAUGACUGCUCACCUCUUCCCGGUACAGUUCUUCUAACUGUUUCUGGACUUUGUGGUUCAGCUCUUGGAGUUGGUGGGCCAGCAUGGAAGAUCUUUCACGUAGGACGGAGAGGUUUCUGGCCAAUCCUUCAGCAUGUUCCACAAACUUCACUUCUGACACUGGAGAUGAUAAAAACGAGACAAUAUCACACAUGUAGUACUCAACGAUUUUAGGGUUUGUAACGGGGCCACCAUGUUUAGUUCUUUCAUAGGAUUGAACAGUUAAGCGUGAACCUGAGACUUCUUUCAAAUAACACUCAAAGGACCAUUAAAAACCCACAGAUAUGAGUGGGUAUACCAGAUAUACCAGUAGAUCCACAGUGUCCUUUUGGUGCCGGAACCCAACUCCAGUCCAAACAGACGUGGACUGUUACACAACGUGAACCAAGAGCUCUAAACGCUCCUCUGGGACAAACAUGUUAGUUUGAGGACACACGUGGGCGGGGACGCUCAGUUCAACAAACAGUGAAAGGGUACGGUGAUUUAUUCGAUGAGUCGCUCUUACGGUAUCUGCCGACGAUGACUUUCCGGUUGUAGUUGUAGACGUGUGUCAUUGUCUUCAUGGACUUCUCAGACAUGUCCUCGUAUAACUUCGCUCUCUUGCACACCGUCCUCAGUUUCCUCUCCACCUCGCUCUCCGUCUGUGAGAUCAGGCCCUGAAGUCUGCAGCCGGAGGGGCAUUUAGGAACCUUUGAAGGAAAACACGAGGGUUUCUGAAUGAACCUGGACAAAUGGUCCCAGCUGUGGAGGACUCAAAGUGUACUGAUGUUUAAUCUUCGAGCUUUUUCAGAUUCUUGUCUUGUAGUUGAAGGUCGUCUCACGUUGUAAAAUUGUUUAAAUCUCUUUAAAAUAGUCGUUAAAAGCCGUGCCCUCCGUCUUCCCCUGUUCUAUCAUCGAUUUGACUCUGAGAUGGACCAAUACUAAAAUAAACUCCCCGCUAUAUUCCGAAACAAGAGUUUUAGACCAAACAUGUUUACGAACCCCCAAUUUUAACCACAUCCAUAACGGCUCCCAUCCGGAAUGGCUGCGAUUUUCACCGUCCGCCAACUUCUACCAUCUGUGAGGCAAAUUUCGUGGUGGAUUAAGGGAACCGCAAGAGGACUCCUGUGUCAUCAAACUUCCUUUUCUGUGUCUAUAGUUGUCAUUAAAUAUGAUGGCUUCAUACCUUAUCGACUAAAUAGACUGACUCUGUGUGUGUGUGUGUGUGUGUGUGUGUGUGUGUGUGUGUGUGUGUGUUUGCGUGUUUCGUACCCAGUCGUCAUCUGAACACAUGGGGACUUCGGUUUUGGCGCGACACGGCAGCCUCCUGUAGGACCUGGUGUGACGAGGGGGCGGCGUCUGGACUCUUGGAUUCUGCUGAGUCAGCCUCAUGCACACUGCAGAGGAACAGAAAAGGUCAGGACGGGGGGGGGGGGCAUUCAACCCUCGUCAAAGAGACAGUGUGUUUGUUCAUGAUGAUGUAACGGCGUGGGCGGACCGAAGUUUGUGCGGGGCGAAGAUCUCCGUAAAUGUUUGACUAUGUUCAGCUCGAGAAGACACUUAAAAAAUAAAAAAUUGCAUUUUGAAUCG